AUGGCUUUCUCCCAGGUACAAUGUCUGGACGACAGCCACGUGAACUGGCGCUCCAGCGAGUCCAAGCCCGAGUUCUUCUAUAGCGAGGAGCAGCGGCUGGCGCUGGAGGCACUGGCGGAGCGCGGCCCCGAAGCCUUCUACGAGGUGCUGAAGCGGGAGAACAUCCGCGACUUCCUCUCAGAGUUGGAGCUCCAGCGCAUCCUGGAGACUGUCGAAGUGUAUGACCCCGGCUCCGAGGAUCCGCGGGGCGCGGGCGCGCUCCGGGAGCCCGUGGACGCCGGCGGCGAGGGCGAGGGGGCCAGCGGGGCGGGCGGCGGCGCCCCCACCGAAAUCGAGCCGCUGCCCUCGCUGGAGUACUGGCCUCAGAAGUCGGACCGUUCCAUCCCCCAGCUGGACCUGGGCUGGCCAGAUACCAUCGCCUACCGCGGUGUGACGCGGGCCAGCGUCUACAUGCAGCCCCCCAUCGACGGGCAGGUGCACAUCAAGGAAGUGGUGCGCAAGAUGAUCAGCCAGGCCCAGAAGGUAAUCGCUGUGGUUAUGGACAUGUUCACUGAUGUGGACAUCUUCAAGGACCUGCUGGACGCUGGCUUCAGGAGGAAGGUGGCCGUGUACAUCAUCGUGGAUGAGAGCAGUGUCAAGUACUUCCUGCACAUGUGUGAGCGGGCCUGCAUGCACCUGGGACACCUGAAGAACCUCAGAGUGCGGAGCAGCGGGGGAACGGAGUUCUUCACUCGGUCAGCCACCAAGUUCAAGGGAGCUCUCGCCCAGAAGUUUAUGUUUGUGGACGGGGACCGUGCAGUGUGCGGCUCGUACAGCUUCACGUGGUCGGCUGCCAGGACGGACCGGAAUGUGAUCUCAGUGCUGUCUGGCCAGGUGGUAGAGAUGUUUGACCGGCAGUUCCAGGAGUUGUAUCUCACAUCGCGCAGUGUCAGCCUCCAGGGUGUCCCCAUGGAAAAGGAGCCUGAACCCGAGCCCAUCAUGCUGCCGUCUGUAGUCCCCCUGGCACCUGCAGGCACUGUGGCCAAGAAACUGGUCAACCCGAAGUAUGCACUAGUCAAGGCCAAGAGUGCCGAUGAGCUCGCUAAGACCUGCUCUGACAAACCGGAGACCAAGCAGCCCCCGGGGCUGUGGGGCCCAGCGCUGGUGGAGCGGCCUGGUGACCUCCCUGAGCUUCCUCCACCUGUGCACCCCGGGCUGCUGCACCUGGAGCGUGCCAACAUGUUUGAGUACCUGCCCACGUGGGUGGAACCAGACCCUGAGCCAGGCAGUGACAUCCUGGGCUACAUCAACAUCAUUGACCCCAACAUCUGGAACCCCCAGCCCAGCCAGGUGAACCGCAUCAAGAUCUGCGACACGUCCCAGGCCAGUGCCCAGCACCAGCUAUGGAGGCAGAGCCAGGGCUGCAGCCCUGCUCCAGCUGGUCAGGACCAGAAAGGGGCCCCUGCCACCAGUGGCCUCCCCCAGGGGGACUCUGAGUCAAGGCCCCCUGUGCCCAAGCCCCGGACGGUCUCCGUGGCAGACCUACUUGCCCAGGAGGGUGGCAGUAUUGGCUGGGCCCCAGAGACCCCAGACAAGGAGACCCCCCAGAAUGGGACCAACCACAGGCUGCCCCAGGAAGUGGGCCUGGGCCAUACCCCACUCCAGCGGCAGCUGUCCAUGACCCAGGAUGAUCCUGAGAGCCUGAGGGCAGGGGUCCCCAAUGGGCUGGACAGGGAGGAAGAGGAAGAUGAUGACGACUAUGUGACCCUCAGUGACCAGGACAGCCUCUCAGGCAACUCCAGCCACGGCCCUGGUCAACGGCAGCCCUCAGUGGCCUCCUCCUUGUCAGAUGAGUAUUUUGAGGUGAGGGAGCGCUCAGCCCCUCUCCGGAGGUGCCACUCAGAGCAAGUAGCCAAUGGGGCAGCCCUGCCACCCCGCCGACAGCUGAGCGCCCCCCAUGUGAGCCGAGGGACCUUUGAUGGGUCCAUGGGGGCCUUCCCGUGGGCCUGGAGUUGGGCAAGAGAAGAGGCGGAUGCCUCGAGUAUGCAAGCCCAGCCAUCGCCAGACAAGCAGACACAGGGCCAGCAGUUCCACCAUUAUGGGGUCCCUGCCUCUGGGACCAGGAAUAAGGACAGCUUCCCACGACCACUGAGGACCACAAGACCCCAGCAAUACUGCCCUGCAGCUGACAAUGCCCAGAGCUCCCCUAGAAAAGCAGGCUCCCACCUCUGGCAGGCCAAGGGGACCCUGGUACGUCGCACCCUGCCAGACCCCGGGAGCCUGAGACCAGCCCGGGACGCUGGCCCCUUGGCCAAUGGCAGGGCCACCGAGGAGCAUCCAAGUCCCUUUGGAAUCCCGUAUUCCAAAUUGUCCCAGUCUAAGCACCUCAAGGCCAGGACGGGCGGUGGCCAAUGGGCCUCAUCUGACUCCAAACGGAGGACCCAGGCCCCCAGGGACCACAAGGACCCCUAG